UUUGUUAUUGUAGUCUGCUACGACUGAUUUGUUUCUGUGUUCUGUCUGUCUUCCUGCUCGAUUUGAUUAUUUACUACACGUGAGAGAAAUGUUUAAUCGUGCAAUAACCGGCGUCCAAUUAAAGCCAUGGUUGAAGUCAAAAUAUCUUGUGCAAAGUUUAUCUUUCCCAGUGAGAUCUUUUUGCAAUAGUCAGAUAAAAUAUUCUAACAAAGGAGACGAGUCAGAUAAACCUCUUUCUAAUGUUGUUCCCGAUUUUCAAUCAGAACUUUUCGAAGAAACACGAUGUCCACCAUUAACUCAGCCCCUCAAACCUUUCCUACACCCUAUUAAAAGGUCAUUUGAUUAUUUGGGCAUCACUGGAAGGAAUGAUCCCCAAACACACAAUAACCUUUAUUUUCCACGCCAUUGUGAUAUUGUUAUUAUUGGUGGUGGAAUAAUGGGCUGUUCUAUUGCCUAUUGGCUGAAGCAAAGAGGUCACGAUAAUGGAUUGAGGGUGAUUGUAGUUGAAAGAGAUCCAAAUUACACGAGAGCCUCCACUGUUUUGUCAGUUGGUGGUUUACGUCAGCAGUUCUCACUGCCAGAAAACAUCCAAAUGUCUCUGUUUGGAGCAGAGUUUUUGAGAAAUGCUAAGAGAUUGUUAUCAGGUGAAAACUUGGAGGGUCCUGAUGUACAGUUUCACCCCUAUGGAUAUCUAUUUCUGGCCACACAGAAAGGUGCUGAUCAGCUUAUAGAAAAUCACAAACUUCAAACAUCUUUAGGAGCAAAAAUAAAACUGUUUUCUCCUUACAAACUUAAAGAAAAAUUUCCAUGGAUCAACACAGACGGUGUGGAAUUAGCUUCCUUUGGACAAGAAAAUGAAGGCUGGUUUGAUCCAUGGGCAUUGCUAAACGGGUUCAGGAAUAAGGCAAUAGAAUUGGGGGUCGAAUUUGUUAAGGCGGACACGGUGGGAUUUGAAACAGAGGAUACGCUUGUGCAUUCCAAGCCUGGUGUCGGGGAGAGCUUUAAUUACAACAAGCUUAAAAGAGUCCACGUUCGAUUGACUAACGGAGAGGUUAGAACGAUUGAUUUUUCGUUAUGCGUAAUGGCAGCUGGUGCUCAAUCUGGUGAAGUGAGUAAAUUGGCUGGAAUUGGAAUAGGAACCGGCUUAUUGCGUAAAGCUCUACCUGUUGAACCCAGAAAGCGUUAUGUUUAUUGCUUUCAUGCACCAGACGGUCCAGGACUCGAUUGUCCUCUUACAGUGGAUACCACUGGUUCCUACUUUAGGCGUGAAGGACUUGGAGGACAUUACAUAGCUGGAAAAUCUCCUACUGCAAACGAAGAACCUGGAAUUGCUAAUUUAGAUGUUGAUUACACCUUUUUCGAUCAGCAGGUGUGGCCAGAAAUAGCGCAACGUGUUCCUGGAUUUGAAAACAUAAAGCUCAAGAGUGCUUGGUCUGGUUAUUAUGAUUACAAUACCUUCGACCAAAACGCUGUAAUCGGUUCUCAUCCAUAUCAUGGCAACCUUAUGUUUGCAACUGGCUUCAGCGGUCACGGAAUACAACACGCCCCUGCUGUAGGAAGAGCUAUUAUGGAACUUGUUGUGGACGGAAGAUUCAAAGACAUUGAUUUAAAACGUUUUGGAUUUGACAGAAUACUAACAAAUCAUCCUGUUUUUGAACAAAAUAUUGUAUAAUAGUGAAAAUAAUAAAGUUUCAGGAUUUCCCUUGA